AUGUCGAAAGAUAUGAACAACCAGUUUGAAAGCAAUGAGUUUCCUCCAUCAUCAUCUUCAUCUUCAUCUUCAUCUUCAUCUAUAGCAUCAACUCCGACUCAAACUAAUAGUUACAAGAAAUGGAGUGAAGAAGAACACAAGUUGUUCCUUAAAGGACUCGAGAUAUACAAAAAGGGACAAUGGACCAAUAUUUCAAGGUAUGUGGUGAAAACCAGGACUCCAGCACAAGUUUCCAGCCAUGCACAGCAUUACUACAAACAUUUGGCCGCACUCAAUAAAGGCAAAAGAAAAAGUUUUUACGACGCGAAAACAUCAUACAACAAGGAUGCCUUUCUUUCUCAUGAUCAAGUUCAUAUGCAAAAUGACGAUGUCAAUGUUUCAGAUUACCAAGUUGAUGUGCAAAAUGAUCAAGUUCAUAUGAAAAAUGACGCCGUCUAUGUUCCAGAUUACCCAGUUGAUGUGCAAAAUGACGAUGUCUAUGUUCCAGAUUACCAAGUUGACCAAGCUAUUUUUGCAGAUCUCGACUUCUUAGAAGAAUUGACAGAUGUGGUCUGA